CUGCCCGGACUUCAGCCUUUCCUUUAAAUCUGCGGCUAGAGAAACUCGAAGCAAAGUUCGGCCGAAGCCUGAGCAGCGAAGGUACGGCACUGCCCCGCAAGGUUUGCUCCUCGCUUCUCUCCAGCUGGGUUUUGCAGGCUUUAAAAGUGGGCAGCCAGCUCUCCAGGGUUUUGGCUUUUGCUGCUGGCGGGGGGAGAGGGGAUGUUGCAGGGACCCUCCGGAGUAAAGCCAUCUGUAGGCAGCACUGGAAAAGAGGGGGGGCUUUAGCAGCCCAGGCAUGCUGCUACCAUUUCCCAAAGCCAAGGGAGGCUCCAGAAAUGGGGGGGGCGGGCGAGUGUUGGGAUGUCCUGCCCUGUUCCUGCAGAUCAAGGAGUGGCUCAGGCUGGGCUUUUGGAUGCAGAGGGGCUUUUUUUGUGCCUCCCUCAUUUUUCCCUGGCUUUCUGCAGUUUCCUCCAGUUCCUGUUCAUGUUAACUCUACCUUUUGACACAUAAACUGGUAGAAAAAUAGUUAUAAAUGACUCUUUAGACUGCAGUAGGAGUGUUUGUUAUCUAAUCAAAGUUCACAUGGGUUCAUUUUUUUCCUAGUUCCUCUGCUUUCCAGUCAAGCUCAGUGCAGCUCAAUUUACACGCCCCUAGCUUUGAGUUCCUCCCAUUUAUAUCCUGUGUUUCCUGGGUUUCUUACCUUUUGUAUAUUCUGUAAUCCCAGCUGCACUUUCACAGUGCUGUCUAACUUCUGAAUCGCUGUGCCGUGCUCCUGCUCAGUCAGGCAUCACUUUUUUUUAAAAAAAAACCAACCCUUUUUGUUUUCGAGAGAAUGCCCUUUAAUGGGAAAUUAAAAAGGAAAGCGUGAAAACGAGCCAACUUAGAUGAAAUAAUUGUUUCUUGAAAAGGUUUCAGGAGGAUCACUUUGUGCAGGCAGCAGCAGAUAGCUGCGAGACCCUUCGCCUUCUUUGCAUGCCCUGGUUUGGGCCAGGAAAGGGAAUAAAUAGAAGUAGCAAUGCAGCGAGGUUUACAAAUGCCUCCUUUUCCCCCGCCUGCAGGAGGGGAAUCACUGUGGCCUUGGUGUGGGGUUAGCCCAGCAGGAAGGGUAAAAAGCAGCAUCCAUUCAUAAUGCUCAAGUCAGGAGCUGGCAAUGGCUUUCUCCCAGGACACUUUUCCUCUGUGGACACCUGGAGCCAGAGAAGACCAGGAGUGUUUUGCUGGGGAUGGGAAGAAGGGACUGGUGUUUCUGCUGAUCCCUGGGCUAUUUUAUUUCCAGUUGAUCGCACGCUGGCCAGUUGCCUGCUGCAGGACAGCAUGGUGCGACGCGUGGCCGUUAUUGGGGCCGGGGUCAGUGGGUUGGCCUCCAUCAAGUGCUGCUUGGACGAGGGGCUGGAGCCCACCUGCUUUGAGAGGAGUGAGGACAUCGGGGGGCUCUGGCGGUACAACGGUCAGUGGGACCCCAUGGAUGGUGGGAGGAUCAGCGUGUACCACUCAGUCGUCACCAACACCUCCAAGGAGAUGUCCUGCUUCAGCGACUUCCCAUGUCCAGAGGAUUUUCCCAGUUUCCUACCCCAUGGCCUUCUCCUGGAGUACUUUCGGAUGUACAGCCGGCACUUUGACCUCCUGCGGCACAUACGCUUCAGGACGACAGCUCUCAGCAUAAGGAAGCGCCCAGAUUUCACCACCUCAGGCCAGUGGGAGGUGGUCACCGAGACCAACGGCAUCCGGGAGUCGCACGUCUUUGAUGCCGUCAUGGUUUGCACUGGCCAUUUCCAGGAGCCCUACUUACCAUUGGCUUUUUUCCCAGGUAUUGACACUCGCUUCAAAGGCCAGUACCUCCACAGCCAGGAAUACAAAGAUGCGGGGGCUUUCCGGGGAAAGCGGGUCCUUGUGGUCGGCAUUGGCAACACCGGUGGUGACCUCUCCGUGGAGCUGAGCCGUGUGGCUGCGAAGGUGUUCCUCAGCGCCAGGAGCAACACGUGGGUGGUCAGCCGGGUCUCGGACCAUGGAUUCCCGUUCGACAUGGUCAACACCACCCGCUUCAACCAUUUUCUUGACUGGCUUCUCCCAUCAGCCAUCACGAAGAGGAUCAGGUUUCGGAAGUUCAAUUCGUGGUUUAACCAUGCGAACUAUGGCUUGGCGUCCACCAAAAGCUCCAACUUUAAGAUAAUUAUCAACGAAGAGCUGCCAUUUUGCCUCCUCUCUGGGACUGUUGUGUUGAAGCCAAAAGUGAGAAAGUUCACUGAAAGCUCUGCUGUUUUUGAAGAUGGGACAACCGAAGAAAACAUUGAUGUGGUGCUCUUCGCCACGGGCUACUCCUUCUCGUUUGCCUUCCUCGAAGAGUCGGUUCGCAGCCUCUUCGACGAUAAUCGUUCCCUCUAUAAACGCAUCUUCCCUCCCCAGCUGGAAAAGCCGACGCUGGCCAUCAUUGGCUUAGUCCAGCUGACAGGCUCUGUGAUGGUGGGAGCAGAAAUGCAGGCUCGCUGGGUGACAGGGAUCUUUGCAGGCUGGAACAAGCUCCCUCCCACCAGGAAGAUGAUGGCUGAUGUUUUGAAGAAGAAGCCACCAGUCAAAAGGAAUCCAUCCGAGAGGGAGAAUUUGAAGCUAAGUUUUAUCAGCUACACUGAUGAAAUUGCUUCGUGUGCUGGCAUAAAGCCCAGUGUGCUAAGGCUGCUCCUGACGGACCCCUGGCUGGCGCUGGCCAUCUUCUUUGGCCCCUGCACGCCCUACCAGUACCGACUGGUGGGACGGGGGAAGUGGAGUGGGGCCAGAGAUGCCAUCCUGACUCAGUGGCAGCGGACGCUGAAGCCCUUGAGAACUCGGGUGGUGGAUGACUCCUCCGAUGGCUCUGACGGCUGGUGCUGGAUGUGCCUCCUGGCCCUGCCGGUGGCUCUCACAGCAGGUUUCCUCCUUUCUAGACACCCCUGGCCGGGCUGGAGCCCCCGGGCAGGUCCCCAGCUGUAGAAGAAGCUGUAGAAGAAACCUGGUGAGACCCGGUCUCGGGCGAGCUGGGGACGGUGCGAAGCUGUGCCGCUGCCGGGUGCUGUCAGCGGGACUGGAACUGGGCCAGUGCCAGCAGGAGCCCGGACCCCAGCACUGUUGGGUGUCCAGCCUCCUCCUGCCGAUGUUUCACACCCACCAAGGACCAUACGGAGCGUUUACCCCAAACCUGCCGCAACCCGUGCCCGUGUUGCACCAGCACCAGCCUGGAUCUCCACAGGGCUUUUGGGAAGAGCCAUUUUGGGACAGGCUGGUGUGCACAGGGCUAGCCUUCCUCCCCGCCUGCUCGAGCUUCCUCCAUAAAAUUUCAGCAAGACCCACACCACCUUGAGAUUUUCUGAACCGCUAACUGUAGAGGUAUUUGUAUUUGUCUGGUAGCUUUUGGGACAUGAAGUAGGGAGCCACAAAUAAACCUCACGGAUUUGG